AUGGCGUUGGUGGUCUUGGUGACAAGUCUGAUUGUGGCUCUGACUGGAGCAAAGCCAGAGCCUCAUCGCACCGUCGUGAAUCUGAGUCAACUCAACAUCACUAUUGGGAAGUCUUCAUUGGAUCCAUUCAAGCCUAAUAUCACCAUUGGAUUCCUCAGCUGUUUCAAGGACCUCGGGAAGUUAAUAGCAGGAGCCGUUCCGUUGGCCGUCGACCUAGUGAACAAGGACCCCAUGCUCCUACCGGAUCACAACCUGCAGUUCAUAGCCUACGAUUCCGGAUCGCCGGAUUCCGCCCAGGCCAUUCGCCGGAUGACAUCCAUGAGGGAGGAUGGCGUUGUCGCCUUCAUCGGGUUCGACGAGAGCUGCGAACAUGAAGCCCUGGUAGCGGCCGCAUGGGACAUGCCCAUCAUAUCAUAUAAAUGCUCAGACAGCAAGGUCUCCAACAAAUCCAUCUUCACCACAUUCGCGCGCACGCUCCCUCCGAGCUCCAAAAUGUCCACGUCCAUCAUAUCCCUCCUGAAGCACUACAUGUGGACGAGCGUCAUCCUGCUGGUCGCCGAUGACCCGUCCCACAAGCAAGUGGCGGAUGCGCUGGUCAAGCUGGCCUUGGCACAUCGGAUAGACAUCGCCAAGACGUUUUACCUUCCUGGGGAUUAUCUCACUAAGGAUAACAGGACUCUUAGAAACAUUAUCAGGGAUACCUACAGGCAAACGAGAG